AUGAAGAACACCAGCAAGAGACUCACAAUGCCCUCAUCUGGUCGCCACCCUUAUGAACGCAAGAAGAUGUUGUUCACAAGAGAUCUUCCCACCAAGCCAAAGACCCCAUUUGAGGUUGAGCUUGGUCGACUGCACAACACAGACCCACUUGACUAUGUUCACCAAGCACAACAACAAGUUAGACUUCAACAACAAGGUCGUGAUCGUGCAGUCAUUCAAAGUGAUAUAGAUAGAAAGCUGGAAGAAUACCAAAAUAUACUUCCUCAUGAUGUAGUUGGAAGGGAACGUGUUCAACAUCAGAUACUACAAUUGACAGAUGAACAGAAUGCGCCUGACCCAGAUCAUUUUCAACAGUUCCUCGAUGACUUUAAUCAUUGGUUAGUUGGUCGAGCCUAUCUCAAGACAUUCAUAGACAACAGAACAGACUUUAUCAAUGAGAUUGAUCGACUAAAGACAUUCACACGUAUCGACAAUGUGACAUUGGAUACGUCCUAUCUCUACUUCAAGUACAUUGUUCGUGGUCGCAUCGAUGAUCCAUCAACACUCGGUUACCUUAAGGAAUGGGACACCAUGUUCACUAAGGUGCGACGAGAAGAACAGGAACUCUAUGGUAUAUCUGAUGAUGCGGCUGUUACAUUGGACUACUUGAACAGUGAGUACAAUGCUGCUGGACCACCAUCACGAACCUAUCAAGCACUGGCUGCCAGUAAGCUUCCCAACAAGAUGUCAGAGUUCUCUGCUCUACUGAAACAGCGUGACAUUGAUCGAUUUGAACAGAGAGGCGACUCGGGCAAUUACCCCGACACAGUUGAUGGCAGGAAGGCAGCAGCAGAGUAUCAUCAUAAAUGGAAAUCUACAAUCAUCGAGCAACGAAUUCGUCGCAAUCAACUCUUCACUCAACUGUCACAGCACCGACAAGAACGCAAGGACAUCAACGCCCUACUAUCGGAUUGUGAGGCAGAGGAGUACACACGCGACAGAGACACACUGGAGGGUCUACUAAAGACCCGGGCCACACUCAAGAGUACUCUAUCCAAUCUAAAGAACCGAUUCGAGCGAGUCAAACAGUUGGGUAUGUAUGAACAGUUCAUAUCACCCGUCGAUGCCAAGGCAAUCCAGGAUGAGAUUGAUGCAAGAGAAGCUGACCAUCUUAAGGUCAAAUCAAUGGUAACUGACCUCGCUUCAAGGUUGGGUCUCGAUAGCGACGAGAAGAAGUUAGGUCUCAAAACAUACAGGAUGGAGAUCUAUCGCAAACACCAACGACAAUCAAUGUUGGGUAAGGAUGUGGUCGAUGCUCAGGGCAAGGAUGAUUCUUUCCUCAAUACGCCACCAAACGUCUCAAAGGUGCUCACCAAGUUCAUAUUGAGUAGUGCAAGCAAUGAUCCCCAGGGUGAGCAACAGUUGGUUCUAUCAGAUGCCGAUCUACCACCCACCUGA